AUGGCCACAUACGACUCGCUGCACAGGCAGUGCCGCACUCUUGAGGCUCUCUUCGACACUAAGCUCACCGCGUACGCCCGCCUUGCAUCCUCCAUAACCCGCAAUCACGACGACCUCGAGGCGAGCGGGUCCACGGAACGAUGGAAGGACCUGGAAAUGGAAGUUGAUGAGCUGCUUGAGAAGUUGCAAGAAAUCAACGACGAGCUGUCCACUCUUUCCAACGACACUGAGAAUCCACCCUCACAAUCUAUGCUCCGUGCCAUCCAGAGACAUCGAGAAGUCUAUUUGGACUAUGCCAGAGAGCUACGCCGGACCAAAGCAAACGUCAAGACCGCUCUGGAUCAAGCCAACCUUCUUAGCGGAGUCCGCAACGAUAUCGACCGAUUCCUGCUCGCAGAGCGGGGUCACAUUGAUAGCUCUCACCGCAUGACCGACGAUAUGAUUGCGCAAGCAUAUGAAACCCGAUCCGAAUUCGCUCGUCAACGGACAACGAUAUCUGGGAUUAACAACCGUAUGCAGAGCGUAUUGAGCACUAUGCCUGGCAUCACCAACCUACUUGGGAUGAUCAAGACCCGCCGGCGGAGAGACGCUGUUAUCCUCGGCGUUAUUAUCGGGCUGUGCACGGUGCUACUCCUCAUGUACGUCUUCUGA